UUUAUUUUCUCUUUCAGGAUACAACCAUCCCUCACUCAUUAAAGUGAUGUCCAACCCCAACAAUAUGAGUGCGUUUGUGAACAGGCCAGCUCUUGGGAUCAUGCCACCCGAGAACUUUCCAGAAAAGCUGGCAGAAAGCCUUCUCUCAGUUGCUCCUAGUGGUAUGAGCCGUGUUCAGACCAUGGCCUGUGGAUCCUGCUCUAAUGAGAAUGCAUAUAAAGCCAUGUUCAUCUGGUACAGAAAUAAGGAGAGAGGCCACAACAACCCCUCUGAUGAAGACGUGAGCUCCUGUAUGAUCAACCAGAGUCCUGGCUGUCCAGACUUCAGCAUCCUGUCAUUUAUGGGUGGAUUUCAUGGCCGAACAAUGGGUUGCUUGGCAACGACGCACUCCAAGGCCAUCCACAAGCUGGAUGUGCCGUCAUUUGAUUGGCCGAUCGCUCCCUUCCCUAAACUGAAGUACCCUCUGGAGGAGUUCACACGGGAGAACGUACAGGAAGAGGCCCGCUGCCUGGAGGAGGUAGAGGACCUGAUAGUUCAGUGGCGUCAGAAGGGCCGGCCGGUGGCUGGGAUAGUGAUAGAACCCAUCCAGGCUGAGGGAGGAGACAACCACGCAACACCAGACUUCUUCAAGAAGCUACGGAACAUCGCACGCAAGCAUGGCAGUGCGUUCCAUGUGGAUGAGGUGCAGACAGGGGGAGGAGCUACAGGGAAGUUCUGGGCUCAUGAACACUGGGGGAUGGACGACCCUGCUGACAUCGUCUCCUUCAGCAAGAAGAUGCUCACUGGAGGUUUUUACCAUAAAGACGAGCUGCAGGCAGACAAGGCCUACCGUAUCUUUAACACCUGGAUGGGUGACCCGUCUAAGAACCUGUUCCUGGCUGAGGUUCUGAACGUGAUCCGCAGAGAGAACCUUCUGGAGGAGGUGACCCGCUCUGGAAAGACUCUGCUACAGGGACUCUACCAACUACAGGACCAGUACCCUAACCUGUUGAGCAGUGCUCGGGGACAGGGGACAUUCUGUGCCAUCGACAUCCGUGAUGACGCCACACGCAACAGCAUCCUCCUCAAAGCCCGGGACAAGGGUGUUCUGCUGGGUGGCUGUGGAGAUCGGUCCAUCCGGUUCCGUCCUGCUCUGGUGUUUAAAGAGUACCAUGUUCACAUGUUCCUGAACGUGUUCAGCGACGUCCUGGCAGAACACAACUAGAACGCUGUCCCGGGUACCGUCCGUCCACACUGGACUGGGGCCAAAACACCAACAUAGGGCCGAGACCAACUGGGGACGCGGUGUAGGAGAGAGGAAGCACGAGAGUCUUAACCUAUAACAGAGGUUCACACAGUAACGCAUACACUUAAAAGGGAUGCUACGGGAUUUUGGCAAUGAAGCCCUUUUUUUCUCCUUCCCCAGAGUCAGAUGAUACUCGUGGAUACCAUUUUUUUACGUUAUCUGUGUGCUGUUUGAAAGAAGUUGCUAACUAGCGCAGUUGCUAACUAGCGCAAUUGCUAACUAGCAUUAGCGCAAUUGCUAACUAGCAUUAGCGCAAUUGCUAACUAGCGCUAGCGCAAUUGCUAACUAGCAUUAACGCAAUGACUGGAAACGUUGGCUCGUGAAACUACCUCUAACUUCCUUCAACCUGGACACAGAGACAUAAAACUGGUAUCCAGGAGUUUAUCUGACUCUGGGGAAGUAGAUAAAGGGCCUCACUGCCAAAAUCCCGAAGUAUCCCUUCAACACAUACUCAAACACACACACUUGAAUUUGUCCCAUUGCUCAUGUGGCAGUCCUAGCAUUCCUCAUGUCCCAGUAAUGUCCUAAUGAUACGCCUGCAAAAAGGCACAAGCACAAAACAUAGUCUUAUUUUAGGUCAUAUCACACAAACCCUCCAACUCCCUAACAGAUGAAGGCACAGCGAGAUAUUUCAGAACAAACACACCUAACAGGAGUGGUUAUCAGCAAGCUAAUCUAAACCAGGUUGUAAUGAUACAAAAUGGCCGCCGCACACCGAUUUUUAACCCCUGACCCUUGAGAUGUCCUCUGAGUGUCCUAGCUCUUUUUUAAACAGAACAAUUAUGUUUCCUUUUUGGGGUUGAGAUAAAUCCAAGUCAGACAUUUGGGAUUUUGUGAAGGAAGAAUAUUAUAUUAGAUGAUGUAGUGUGUCUGCAUGUUGUUGUUCCUGAACUUCCUUUGGGGUUGAAGGAAUGAAGAACUGGGUUUCAGACUCACUGUACGUCAGGGCUAAACCCCUACUUAUUAACACAUAACCAUACUUACCUACAGAUAUACCCAUGUUUAAAUUGAAGGCAGGUUUUUUUGCAGUCAGGACCGCUAAUAUAAAAAGAUGUAUUAUAUUUGUUGACUUGUUUGGGACGUAGUCGUAUUAGAGUGCAUCUUGCCAUAUUCAUCCGGUUUCCUCGGGAAACGACUGGACUCAUUAUUGAUGUACAGCACAAGGUGUCGACGUGGUUCUGAAUGCCUGUUUGUUUUUUUUUAAAUGUUAUGAACAGGUAGAGAUAGCAGGAGUAGCACCAAGGAGACGGCUUCAGCAUCAGCACUGUAGAAGCUUUAUAAUAUGGCCAUGAUGAUGAUGAUGGACAGUGAUGAUGACACCUGUCUUGUUAACCAGCCCAAUCAGUAUUGUAUAGAGAGCUGAUUUCCUGUUAACCCUUAACAACAGUAGAAGCAUUGCUAUGUUUGUUUACAUUGUUCCGUGAGGUUAAAGGUGAUUGCAGAUCUCUUAAUUAUUGUUGUCUAUGAAGCAUCCUCUUUAUGUAUCCUAAAAUAAAAACCCAGAAUCACAUUUUAAUGAA